GAAGCACAUUUCUUUUCGCUUGACAGCUCGAUUGGUGUACACGUUCUGUGUAAAAUUGAGACACCAAGAUGCAGAUUUUCGUAAAAACCCUUACUGGAAAGACCAUCACGUUAGAGGUUGAGCCCUCUGACACGAUCGAAAAUGUAAAGGCCAAGAUCCAAGACAAGGAAGGCAUUCCUCCAGAUCAGCAACGUUUGAUUUUCGCUGGUAAACAAUUGGAAGAUGGACGUACCUUGAGCGACUACAACAUCCAAAAGGAAUCUACUCUUCACUUGGUUCUCCGAUUGAGAGGAGGUAUCAUUGAGCCUUCUUUGCGUAUUUUGGCCCAAAAGUACAACUGUGACAAGAUGAUUUGCCGCAAAUGCUAUGCACGUCUCCAUCCUCGUGCCACUAACUGCCGCAAAAAGAAGUGUGGACACACAAACAAUCUUCGCCCAAAGAAAAAGUUGAAGUAAACUCUAAGAUUAUUCUGCUUUUUUUCUUGGGAACGGCUAAAAAACGACAUCUUUUCCAACAUUACCCGGUUCAUUCAAUUGAUUGAAUAAAGUGGACAACAAGAAAAUUAAAAUCAAGAA